AGCCAGCCCCUUCCUCCUUCCCAGCCGGUGCGCACAGCUUUGCGCGGGGCAGGGUGGGCGCCCCGCUGUCGCGGCCGCCGUCGCCGCCGGUCCUCCUGCCGAGCCCCGGCGCGGGGCAUGAGGAGCCCCGGGGCGCCGCCCGGAGACUACCCGGCUGCGCGCACACCUCGAGAGCGGCGGACCGGGACAUGAGCCGCGCGCGCGGGGUCCGGCCCCCGGCGGCCAGCCCCAGCUGGCGGCGGCCAGCGGAUCGGCGCUGCCCGGGAGAAUGAGGCAGGAGCCGGCGGCAGCCUUCUCUUUCUCCUCUUCCUCCUCUUCGCCUUCCUCCGGCUCAGGCACCGCGGGCCCGGGCCAGGCUGUGGCUCUGCUGCGUGCCCCGCGCGCCCCCCGCCCGCCUCCGGAUGCACUGCUCGGUUAGCCUGGGGAGGAAGAUAAAGACAUUUGCAACCAAGAUGGUAAUCACGAGUGGCAAUGAUGAAGACAGAGGAGGCCAAGAAAAAGAGAGCAAAGAAGAGAGUGUCUUGGCAAUGCUGGGGAUUAUCGGGACCAUUCUGAACCUCGUCGUCAUCAUAUUUGUAUACAUAUACACCACUCUGUGAAUGGCCCAGAGGGUCCUCAGGCCUUGGCGUGGCCAAAAGACGGGAGUCCUGUGCGUCUGCAGGUCAGUGACGGGACACUGCGCAAACAAGCAGCGUUGACCUACACACACCGUUCAAUCAAAUGUACCUUCGAACUUGAUAAAGGGUCACCAAAAUAAACCGAUCAGACACUAAAGCACAAUGAAUCCAACAAAACUCAUUCACACAGCAAGGAACUCAACGUCGUCGGCAGGGGACCCGAAAGAACGCUUGGAAGACUCGCCUCUGACGCCGUCUGGGAGCGGAUGGGUGCAGAGAUUCAUUAUCCCAGGUCGCUGACGGAUGUCACAUGUUCGAAAAGAGGAACAGGGCGGACGCAGCUCACAGUGGACGCAGCUCACGGUGUGUCUCCCAGGACACGCAGUUCCUCCUUAACUCGAUGAGCUAUUUGGUACAAAAAACCACAGGGACAAUCCUUUGACAAGCAUCCCAUUCAUCAAAAGUGUCUAUUUGAUACCGGGGAGAUAACUUAUUUUUCUUUUUUCAUUGGCUUGACGUGUGUAUCUGUUCAUAUCAAGGUUUAUAAAUAUAUAUUUUUAAUAAAUGUGCUCUAUUUUUCAGCAUGAACCGAAUAUUUGGAGAGGCGCUCCUGGAUCCAUGGAGCUUUCUUUGGUUUUACCUGCUUAAACCCCUAGACUGCAGAUGUUCUGUUGUGUAAUCACUCUGGUCCUAAUUCUCUCAUCUUGUAUUGUUUACCUUCUCUCUCCCUCUAGCUCUUCUCGGUCUGGAGGACGUCUUUCCGUAAUACCAGCCGUGAUCUUGGUUGGUGCAUGUUUUAAGAUUGUCUGUUGUUAUAUCGGAGAUAUAAAAUGAUCGUGGGCAUGUGGACCUCGGAUGCACCAUAUCCUUACUGAGAAUUAUGCAUGAGCAAGGGCUGAGUGAUAGAUCAGCUUUAAAAAUUUUUUUACAAGGACUACCAUGGAGGAAGAGCGAGGCUACAUCUGCAGAUCAACUCUAGGAUGGAGUAUUCAGCUUCUCACUGGCAACAUUAUUAUUUCAUUCUUGUGACCAUUUGUUGAGCACAUUUGAUUUUAAUGGCCACAUACUAUGAAAGAUGGGAAGGACAAGGGGGAGAGCUCAGCUUUAGGUGCAUAAUUCCUUCCUUAGUGAGCCGCCUGGGAUCCUUUCCAAAGUAGGUGGGGCGUAAAUGGCACAUGGAAUCCCCACUGUAGGAGCUCACCUGGGUGUUUCAGGCUGUGAGGACACCCCUGAGACAGGUGACUUUUUCAAGGGCACUAGAAGGGUAUGCAACGAUCACCCUAAAAGAUUGCUGCAUUUCUUAAAGGUCCUGGUUUACACCCACAUGAAGCUACUUCCUCCCUGGCAGGAACAGUUGAAUAAAUGUGAAUUUGCCCUGUUCUGCUCCCCGAAAUGGGCCUUUCACUGGCUGCAGCGGCACGGCCUUAAAAAAAGAGGGUUAGAAUUCCUUCUGCUAGUGUCAGCCUUGCCCGUGGGCAAAAGAAGCAGCAGUCUGCCUAGUUGGAUUCGAAUGAUGCCCAGGAGAUCUCCACCGCCAGAUCUCUCCAUCCGUCUGUUGUGGUGUCUGAAAUUCUACCGUUAGAGAGUCAUUUCUUGGACUCUGCUAGGGACCAGGCCCUUUUAUAAAGCAAAUGCCCUGAGCACCUGGCUCCCAUCAGGUGUCUUCUCUUCCCCACCAGAAGAAACAAAGUUGAUGUGCAUUCAGGGAACACAUGUGCCAGGCGCUGUGCCAGACCCUAUAUUCCUUUAAGUCACUGAAUCUUCCCAGUAAGUGAGCUAGGGAGUCUUUAUCCCACAUUAUAGAAGAAGAAAGGAGAGCUCAGAGAGAUUGGGAAGCUUCCCUGAGAUCAGGUGGCUUCUAGUGGUGAGUCAGGAUGCAAAGCCCCGAUCUGUCUGAUUCCCUAGCCCAGUGAGGGUCGGUCAAAUGCUGGGAAAAGAGGGAAUGGAGAGGUGGGGAUGGUCCAGGAAAGGGCCCUUGGGGGUCAGAUGCAAACCAAUGGCUUUGCUGAGGGCAGUUCUGCACCCCUCCAUCCCUCCCUCAUAAAAAUAAACAACCCCUGGGAACUCCUUGCACCCUGGCAGAAUGUCAUACAUGUAAGGACGAGGGCCAAGAGGCUGGUUAGAAAUAUAAUGGACUAUCAGGGGAGGGAGCCGUCUCACAGGUUCUGUGUGGUUCUAGGAAGACUGUAUAAGAAUUCUUAACAGUGAACGGAGUAAACAAUAAAGGUGCAAUGGAAAAAAAAAAAAAAAAAAAACUACCGACGUCCUUUUUCCCCCUGCAGCGUCCUGGUAUUUUUCAAACUCCGUGUCAUUCCUUUACCUAUACAUAUUUU